AUGUCUUGUCAAAGGGGGGGGAUUCCGCGAGGACACUUAGAGACAAAGACCAACUCGUCAGAUCGCCCGUCUCAACCAGCUCGUCAUCUCACCCGUCUGAAGCAUCUCGUCAGCCGGUCCGUCUCAAGUAGCUCAUCAGCCCGCCCGUCUCAAGCAGCUCGUCAGCUCACCCGUCCGAAGUAUCUCGCCAGCCGGCCCAUCGUCUUCCGGCCUCAAGCUCGUCUUUCAUCUACAAUCGGCUCGUUCUUACUCUAUUUAUGCUUGUUGAAGAAAUCAUCCUUUGUAAUCCGUCCAAUUCGCCUAAGUCGCGGGCUCGUCAUUAAUAGAAAGAUUCUUCUUCCUUCCCUAGAGAUCCCAUUUUCGUACUUGUGUGAUUCGUGCAUCAACAGCUGUAACAGAAAUGAGAGAGGAUUUUAG